UACAGGAGAUGACCAGAGACUGCGGACACAGUACAGGAGAUGACCAGAGACUGCGGACACAGUACAGGGGAUGGUCAGAGACUGCGGACACAGUACAGGAGAUGACCAGAGACUGCGGACACAGUACAGGAGAUGACCAGAGACUGCGGACACAGUACAGGGGAUGGUCAGAGACUGUGGACACAGUACAGGAGAUGACCAGAGACUGCGGACACAGUACAGGAGAUGACCAGAGACUGCGGACACAGUACAGGAGAUGACCAGAGACUGCGGACAGUACAGGAGAUGACCAGAGACUGCGGACACAGUACAGGAGAUGACCAGAGACUGCGGACAUAGUACAGGGGAUGGUCGGAGACUGCGGACGCGGUACAGGAGAUGACCGGAGACUGCGGACACGGUACAGGAGAUGACCGGAGACUGCGGACACGGUACAGGAGAUGACCGGAGACUGCGGACACGGUACAGGAGAUGACCGGAGACUGCGGACACGGUACAGGAGAUGACCGGAGACUGCGGACACGGUACAGGAGAUGACAGGAG